GAAGGACUUUAUAGUAUUGUGAUUGACAUAUUAGGACCUAGUUUAGAGGAUUUAUUUGAUAUGUCUCACGUAAAUUAGUACAAACAGUAGCUAUGUUAGCUAAACAAAUGAAUGCAAAUACGAUAUAUAUGAUGACUUUGGUAUGGAAUUAUACUGAUCCAAGACACAAAACAACAUAUUCAUAUCGUGAAGAAAGAGAAGAGCAAUCAAGACGUGAUGAUUUAGAAUCAUUAGGUCAUGUAUUUAUAAUUGGUGAAAAGAAGCAAACAACACAAGUAAAAGAUUUAUGUGAUGGAUUUCCAGAUGAAUUUGGACUCUAUUUACAAUAUACUAGGCAUCUAAAAUUUGAAGAAGAUCCAAAUUAUGAAUAUUUAAAAUGUUUAUUUGAUAAAGUAUUAGAGUCAUUAGGUGAAAAAGAUGAUGGUAUUUAUGACUGGAUGUUAUUAAAUGAUGGAAAAGGAUGGGAGGUAAUAAACGACAGUAAGAAAAAAAAAAGAAGAAUAUAUAAAUAACAAGCUUUAUAUGUAUAUAGUAUUGUUCAUCGUCAAGUCUUUAUCGCUAUAGACAGCAACAGCACCAGAGUAAUAAUGCUGCAGUUGCAUUACAUGACAUCACUCAUGUUCGACCAAAGCAACGUAGUUACAAUAUUAAAAGACAGCAACAGCAACAGCAACAGCAACAGCGACAGCAACAGCGACAGCAACAUUAUAAAGCAAGUCAGCCUAUGUUAACAAAUAUGAAUA